CAAAAUCGGAAGUCACAAAAUGAUAAUAGUAUAAAUCUCAAAUUUUGCUACCUGUACAAAGACUAGAUUACGUUGUGACUACAAUCUACACUUAGUCACUUAAGAAUGUGGUUCAGACAAGGACAUCUCCCCAACACGAACAUAUCAAGCUGAUUGCAUCAGUUCCGGUUAUUUUGGUUGAUUGUAAAGAGCUCAUGUGAAUUGUAUUUUCUUGACGCCUUGGUCACACCCUGCGACGUGAAUUAUAGAAUGAGCGUCUCGGGCAUGCCAUGAAGAAUUUCACCACUACGUCCUUAGAAACUGAAGAGAUGGACAAGAAAUUUAUUUUCUUCACAAGACUUACCUUGCUGUCUGGGAGUCUCAUCUUGCUGGUUUUCGGCAUACCAGGCAACCUGCUGACCGUCGUCGUCCUCUACCGUCGCUCUUUGAAAGACCGGAACCUACACUUUUUCCUGGCCAGCCUGUGCUGCUUCAACAUUGUGGUCCUGUGCGUGCGUGUUCCCAGAUUCCUGAUGGAGUACGUCCUAGAGAAGGAUGUCUCACAGUUCAACAUGACUGCUUGCAUGUAUCUCCUAUGGUUAGAUUUGACCCUAGUGUCCAUAACAACAUGGCACGUGACGUUUAUUACUGUGUGUCGAGUAGUCUACGUUUUGUGUAGACCCAGAAACUUCAGUUCACAGAAGUGCAGUGUAGUUGCUAUUCUCUUGCUGUGCACAUUGUGCAGUAUGGUCAAUGCAACUCUGAUUCAGAAAGGACUCGUAGUCUUCACUAACAAUGGAACCCACUCACUCUGUGAGCUCGACGCUGGUACCUGGCAGUUCUGGUUCGAGUCUACAGUGAACGCAUUUCUUCCAAUGGCCCUGUUACUCAUGUGUGAUGUCUCUUUGUGUUUGCUUAGCUUGUACCUCCGGUCUCGGACCUCCAACUUUGGUCUUACUGCUCGAGGUUUGAGCAAACGUUUGUUGCCUGUGGUCUUCAUGUCGACCUUAUUGAUUAUUGUUACCUCUCUACCCAUCAGAAUGGUGGAGAACUUUAAAGAAAAAUUCUUUAGGACACAAGCGGAGACAAAUUUGUAUAAUACGAUGGCUAGAAUUCUACUUUUUAUGAACCACACUGUGAAUUAUUUUCUCUACUGCUUCGUGGAGAAACGAUUGCGAAGCCAAGUUCGUCUGCUAUUCUUCCCCUGCAGAGAUUGCUGCUGUCUGUGCUUGGGAGAAGUACCUCCCGAUCUAAAAAACAGUAGUCGAGGACCGGUGUCUCUGUCGGCACUGUCGCCAGAUUCCAGUUUCUUAAAUUUACAGCGAAACUUUUUCCAAAAGAGAGGAAUGUCUGAGAAAGAACAAAUCCAACAUUCUGGACAACACCCCUGACGGAGACUGCUGAUACGCUACUGUUUAUUUAAUAUUACCAAUGCUUAGAUGUCAUACUUACCUAAAUACAAAUCUAUCAUAUCAAUACAUUUGUAAAAUAUAUAUUUAUGCU